CAUAUAUGUUAAAUUUGCUAAAAUGAUUCUUACACAAUUUUCUUGUCCUAUAAAGGUCUUGCGUACUGACAAUGCUCUUGAGUACAAAGAUUCUACUUUUUUGAAAUUUCUUUCUGAUCAGGGUACCUUAGUUCAACGUUCGUGUCCAUAUACUUCCCAACAAAAUGGACGAGCUGAACGUAAGCACCGUCACAUUCUUGAUACUGUUCGUGCUCUUCUUAUUUCUGCUCAGUGUCCUGAUCGUUUUUGGGGUGAGGCAGCCUUGACUGCUGUUUAUGCUAUCAAUCGGUUACCCUCAUCAGUCAUUAGGGAUGUCAGUCCUUUUGAGAGGUUGUACGGUCAGUCUCCUGAUUAUACUCAGUUACGUCCUUUUGGUUGUGCUUGCUUUGUUCUCCUUCC